AUGUCAGAGCAGCAGUUUCCUGGUACUACCAUCACUCCCCACUCCCCAGAGUUCACGGAGUCCAGCGUGAGCGCUCGGCGCAGCAAAUCGGCAGCCAUGGCCGCGGCGGCUCUCACCCUCCUGCUGCUGGUGCUCCUCCCGGCGCGCCAUGCUCUCGCCACGGCGGCCGGCGACGCGCACCCGGGCUACGCGGGCGCGGAGGCCGACACCUGCGGGGCGGCGCCCGGCGGCUCUCCCCCUUCCGGAGGAGGCGCGGCAGGCCGGCGCCACGGCCCGGCGCUGGAGGAGUACGGGGGCGGGCGCAUCGUGGACAUCACGCACGCGUACCGCCCCAGCAUGCCGGCGUUCGCGCCCGGCGCGACGGUCGGCCCCCUCGUGCGCCUCAAGGCGUCCAUGGAGGACGGGUCGGAGUACAACCUGUCGGAGCUCCGGAUGGAGUGCCACAUGGGCACCCACGUCGACGCGCCGGGCCACAUGAACCAGGCCCACUUCGCCGCCGGCCUCGACGUCGACACGCUCGACCUCGAUGUCCUCAACGGUCCUGCCUUACUGGUCGAUGUUCCAAGACGCACAAAUAUAACAGCUGAAUCCAUGAAAUCCCUAAAUAUACCGAAAGGUGUUCGUCGUGUUCUCUUCAGGACAUUGAACACAGACAGGGGGCUCAUGUGGAAGGCAGCUGGUGAUAUGAGUUAUGUUGGAUUUACAGAGGAUGGUGCACAGUGGUUAGUUGACAACACGGACAUCAAGCUAGUUGGGAUUGACUAUAUAUCAGUUGCUGCAUUUGAUCAUUUGAUCUCUGCCCAUGUGGCCUUCUUCAAAAAUGCGGAUAUCAUCCUAGUCGAAGCCCUGAAACUAGACAACGUGAAGACUGGACUAUACACGCUGCACUGCUUACCUCUGAGACUGGUUGGCUCUGAGGGCUCACCAAUUAGGUGCAUUCUUAUCAAGUGA